AUCAGUAAAAAAGACAGUAAAUUAAAGCAAGGUCAUAACAUAAAAGCAUUAAUCUUAUAGUCAAGGCUCUAUACGUAAUGGAGCAAUGAUUAAAUUCGAUAAACGCGAGUUUACGAUUCGGAAUAGUGAGUUACGUGAGAAAUAAACCAAAAAUAAUAUUUGGGGUAUAACAUCAAAUCGACGCCGUUGUGACAAGAACGGCAGACGAGCUGAAAGCAAGACGGAAAACGCUUCCGACACUCGGGGUUUUUCGACGAAGGAAAGAUUGCUGUGAAGAGAAGCCAAAACAAACGUGAAGAUAAACAGUGUCUCGCCAUAGUUGCGUAAAAGAAGAUGGAGAGCAGCAAAUCUACUUUGUUACCUUUUGACACCAAUAACACGGCAUCGAUUGAAACACGCUGGAUGAAAUGGAAGAGAUCUCUGGAGUUGUUCCUAGAGGUGAAUUAUCCCAUCGAAGUCGUAUCUGCUGCAUUUCAGUGCAUCACAGAUACAGGACCUUUUCUUCGCUACACCUGGACACGAUGAACCCCUGCCAGCGGAGUCGGACGUUUACUAGGAGGCGAUAAGAUUGCUGGAUGCUCAUUUUGCACCUUUCACCAAUGUUCCUUACGAUCGGUACGUGUUCCGGAAAAUGAAGCAAACUGAAGAUGAAUCUGUGGACAAAUUCGUCGCCCGCAUUCGAGAGCAAGGGCGCCUGUGUGAGUACGGGAAUGCACUCGAAAUGCGAGUUACAGAACAGGUGUUUGACAACAGCCGAUCGGAUGAGCUGCGUGAAGUGAUUAUUAAGAAGAAGUUGAUGAAUGUGGAAGAAAUCGUGCAGGAGGCACGGAUCUUGGAAACAGGGAACCGUAAUAAGGAGGAUACGAAGAGAAAUUUUGCUCCUAUGGGCCAAAGUUGUGUGAACCAAAUCAAAAAGGCUGCGAAGAAAGAAAAGUGUUUCCGAUGCGGCAAUGCUGGACAUUUUGCCAAGGAUAAAAGUUGUACCUCAAAAAACAAAGUGUGUGAUAGCUGUAAGCUAGUGGGAGAUUUCCGGAAAAUGUGCAAAACCAAGCCGGAGAACCGAAAACCUAAGAAUGAAAGAAGCAAGAAGAAGGUGUGGCAAGUUCAAGAUUCCGAAGACGAGAGCGGUGUCCAAUGCGGCAUCGAAAUCAGCAGCGAAGAUAGUGACGACGACGUACAGCACAUUUACGCUACCGGAAGUAAACACGAUCUGGUGGAAUUGUUUGUCGACACCGGCGCUCACGUUAACGUCAUCAGCCGAACUACAUGGUCUACGGUAACGGUAAACUAACAGUCCACAAGACUUUCAAACCGGAAAUUACCACCCGUUCGAAGCGAGUAUACCACGACGUGUAUGUUGUGGAUAACAAAGCAGGAGCGAAUUUGCUGUGCAAGAGUACAUCGUUGAAGGUGGGAAUCCUGGAAAUCCAUGCACAGGCGUUCUGUGUGUCAGACAACGGGGACCCUAGGGUGGGAAAGGUGAAAAAUUUGCUACGUUUCCCUACAACACCCAAAAUUUUAUGAAUCUUCUAGUACAACUCUAGAUGGUAGCUUACCAUCAAUCAUACUGUAAUUUUUCGAAAAAAGGUGGUGACUUGAGUGUGAAACAAUCGAUAGAACAUCGAAGGUACAUGAGCAAAUUAACGAUCAUCUCUUUUGCCAAUAGUGCCGGGGGAUACCCCUCACCAUUCCUCCCCAAGUUUGGUAAGGGAGAUAAUCAACCCGAUUCGUAACUUCCUCAAAAUCGACCUUUGCUUUUUACUCUCUAUAUACAAUUUUUACACUGCCGUACUCUAACGGAACUAUCAUCUCUAUACUUUCAUUUCCUCAUUUAUUGUAUAAAAUGACCAGUCUGAUAUUUUAUGUUAAGCAUCUCCAACUAAACAGAGUAUUAAAAAAAACUGGUACAACAAUAAUAAUAACGUCUUCGUUGUCUGCGUUGAUUGAUGAAUUAAUGAAGAUCAUGUGUCAAAUGAAAUGUAUAAGCGGUCACAUAUACCUUUUAUGCUUUCUUAUAGGACCUAUGUGGUUUGUCUUAUGGAAUGUAUAAGGCUGAUGUUUUGACAAAAAUGUAUAAGUGAAACACAUGAAUAAAAUAAUUGAUUUUCGUUUCGUGUACAAAAUGUUAUCGAUUUUCAGUUUUUUUUCCUUGAUUUGUUUUCCGUCGAUCUGGUUUUCCGUACUGAGCACCAAUGCUACCGAUGCCAGGGAGGCAGCUCCCACACCUAUCAGACCCUACCUAUCGACCCAUCAACUCAUGAACCGGGGACAAACUUCUUUCCUUCUCUGUGUGGUGUGGUGUGGUGUAGUGGUAAGCGUGAUUAUCUCUUACCCCAGCAGGCCUGGGUUCAAUCCCAGUCGGCGUCGCCGGGAUGUUCUGAGGCAUAACGUCUCUGAUCACGCCUUCCUUCGAAAGGGAAGUAAAACCGUUCGUAGGUAGGGUCCAGCUGAGGGAGCUGCCUCUCUGGUGUCGGUAGCAUUGGUGCUCAGCACGGAAAACAAGAUCGACGGAAAACAAAUCAAGGAAAUCAUAAUAAUAAUAAUAAUUUCACAAGAUGACAGAGGUCGAUAUUCCGAACCAGAGUCUAUCCCGAAUCGAACAAAAUGUCACUGUUCCACCUAAAGCAAUUUAUGCUUAUCGGCAUAAGUAAUAAUGCAGGGUGCAUUCCGACCUGAUCUAACCCACACGCAGAAAAAGUGAUUUUUGUUUCAGGGCCUAAUGUACUUUGCUAUUGAUUCAAACAUAUUGUAUCACUAUUUCAACAAAACAUAUUUUUGAAUCAACAA